AUGCCGCUCUCCCCGCACGCUAGCUCGUUCACCGUCUGCCACGCCACGGCGGUGUGGAGGACGACAGACAAGCGCUGCAUCUGCAGCCCGUGCCAGUUCUUGGUGGUCCAUCUCGCUCUGGUUCCCCACCCGCCGAAGGGCCUCCCGGAGGACAACCACGUCGGCGUCGUCCAGACUGACGCCAAGCACGUCGCAGAGCUCCUCCUCGAGAGUGAGAAGGGGCUGGCGAGGAAGCGGGUGGCCAGCGCGGCGGCAGACGUCGCCUCGCAGCAGGUCGCCUGGCAGCUGCUCGCCUGGCAGCUGCUCGCCUCGCAGCUGCUCGCCUCGCAGCUGCUCGCCUCGCAGCUGCUCGCCUCGCAGCUGCUCGCCUCGCAGCUGCUCGCCUCGCGGCGCGCCCGGCGGUCGAGCUGA